GCAUCUGUGUGUCUUCUAUCGACUCGUCCCCGGCUGCCAAUCGACAAGUCAGUCGGUUUGGGCUUGAGAUUUCACAGCAGUUGAUCUUCGGGAGCAUUUGCCGUCCACCGACAAAGACAGGCAGUUGGGUUAUACCCUUCGUUUCCCCUUCCACAGAGUACAAACGCGGCUCCGUCACAUUUCUAUACCAGUUUCUUGCAUUUUUAAUGGAAAAUGGCGCUCUGCCCUCUGUCAUCCGGAAUGUUUUGCUUGCUUUCCAUUCCAACUAUCCUGCUCAUCUGCGUGUCUUCGCCGGGGACAGUGGCUCAGAAAUUCCCACAGCAUUACACGAUGGUCCACUGGGCGCGUCGUAUCGAGAAGGAGCUGGAGAGGGUCCUGCCGCUGGUGACUGGAGCUCAGCAGAUGAGAGGGAUUUACAGUGAGAAGAGGAGCCAGUACCAAACGAAAAGUAACCAGCCCAAGGACCUGGUGGAGCGGGUGUCCCGCGACAUCGCCCGGCUGCUCAACAGCAAGCGCAAGGCCCUGGAGAGACUGGCUUCAGAGGCAGAGAGACUACAGAGGGAGCACCUGUGGCAAGAUGGCCUCAAGGAGUCCGACAUCGCCUACUAUGAUUCCAAAGCGGAGGCUGAUUACUCUGAUGAUGAUGAGGAGAACCUCCUGGAGAACCCCAACUCUCUGAAGCUCGACUUCAUGAUGGACCCCACCUUCAAGAACAAGGUCAACUACUCCUACACGGCCGUGCAGAUCCCGACUGACAUCUACAAAGGCUCUCCCACCAUCCUGAAUGAGCUGAACUGGACGCAGGCUCUGGAGCCGGUCUUCAUCAGUAACAGUCAGGAGGACCCCUCGCUGCGCUGGCAGGUGUUUGGCAGUGCCACUGGAGUCACCAGAUACUACCCAGCCACGCCUUGGAGAGCUCCAAAUAAGAUUGAUCUGUACGACGUACGCAGAAGGCCAUGGUAUAUCCAAGGAGCAUCCUCUCCCAAGGACAUGGUCAUCAUUGUGGAUGUGAGUGGCAGUGUGAGUGGUCUGACGCUGAAGCUGAUGAAGAUGUCCGUGCUGGAGAUGCUGGACACCCUCUCUGAUGACGACUACGUCAACAUCGCCCGGUUCAACGAGAAGGCGGAGGCGGUGGUCCCCUGCUUCAGGAACUCCUUGGUGCAGGCCAACAAGCGCAACAAGAAGAUUUUCAAGUACUACAUCAACCAAAUGCUGGCCAAGGGCACCACGGACUACAAGUCUGGCUUCCAGUUCGCCUUCGAGCUGCUCCUCAAUGACACUGGUACCCCCAGGGCCAACUGCAACAAGAUGAUCAUGAUGUUCACGGAUGGAGGCGAGGACAGAGCUCAGGAUGUCUUUGAGAAAUACAACUGGCCCAACAAAACGGUGCGGGUCUUCACCUUCUCUGUGGGCCAGCACAACUAUGAUGUCACCCCGCUGCAGUGGAUCGCCUGUGCCAACAAAGGUUACUACUUUGAAAUACCAUCCAUUGGGGCUAUCAGGAUCAACACACAGGAGUACCUGGAUGUCCUUGGGCGGCCCAUGGCACUGGCAGGGAAGCCUGCAAAAAUGGUACAGUGGACCAAUGUCUACCAGGAUGCCCUGGGCCUGGGCAUGGUCAUCACCGGCACCAUGCCAGUCUUCAACCUCACCGACGACGGGAACAACAUGAACCAGCUGGUCCUUGGAGUGAUGGGUGUGGAUGUUACGCUGAAUGAAAUCCAAUCACUGACACCCAGAUACAAGCUUGGGGCAAAUGGCUACACGUUUGCCAUCGACCCUAAUGGCUACGUCCUCCUGCAUCCCAACCUGCAGCCCAGGGUGGUUAACUUCAGAGAGCCCGUCACUCUUGAUUUCCUGGAUGCUGAGCUGGAGGACAACAACAAGGAGGAGAUCCGUCGCCUGAUGAUUGAUGGCCGACCUGGGAAGAAGAGGAUAAAGACGCUGAUUAAGUCGAUAGAUGAGCGCUACAUUGACGAAGCCAUGAGGACCUACAUCUGGACCCCCGUGGAUGGAACAGAUUACAGCCUGGGCAUCGUGCUGCCUACCUACAGCGAGAGCCAUAUUAAAGCCAACCUGAGCGACCAGAUCCUACAGGUCCAGUAUGGAUCUCAGUUUUAGAUUGAUUUUGAAUCUCUGCUGCCCAACAGUUUUGAGUCGGAGGGCCAUGUGUUCAUUGCUCCCAGGGAGUACUGCAAGGAGCUGGAGCUCUCCGGAAACAACACCGAGUUUCUCCUCAACUUUAUCGCUCUGAUGGAGAAAGUCACCCCUGACUCGAAGCAGUGUGACAACUUCCUACUGCAUAAUCUCAUCCUGGACACGGGGAUCAUCCGGCAGCUGGUGGAAAAAGUAUGGAAGAACAUUGAUCUCAAGACGUAUGGCUUCCUGGCGGUCUUUGCAGCUACAGAUGGAGGCAUCACGAGAGUGUUCCCCAACAAGGCUGCGGAGACCUGGGAGGAGGACCCGGAGCCGUUCAAUGCCAGCUAUUACCGCCGCAGUCUGGACAACAAGGGCUACAUCUUCAGAGCUCCCUACCGCACAGCUACUGAUGAGCUCCUGGAUCCAGAGAAUGACACCAUCGGGAUCCUGGUCAGCACAGCUCUGGAGCUCUCUGUGGACUCCAGGACCAUCAAGCCUGCAGUCCUGGGCGUGAAGCUGGACCUGGAGGCCUGGACGGACAAGUUCAAGAUGCUGGCCACCAACCACACGGGCAGCCGCCAGAGCUUCUCUUCGUGUGGCUCCAACGGCUGUGAGAUGGACUGUGAGGCCAAUAGUGAGGACCUCUUGUGCUAUCUCAUUGACGACGGUGGAUACCUGGUCAUGUCCAAUCAGAGGGACCACUGGAAUAAGAUUGGCAUGUUUUUCAGUGACGUGGACCCGGUCCUGAUGUACGCCCUGUACAACAACUCAUUCUUCAACCGCAAGGAGACCUACGACUUCCAGUCCGCGUGCACACUGCCACCAAACAGCAACACUGGCGCCGCGCCGCGUGGCGUCUUUGUGCCCACCAUCGCUGACUUCUUGAACAUGGCCUGGUGGACCUCAGCUGCGGCAUGGUCAAUCCUGCAACAGAUGCUGUAUGGCAUGGCCUACCGCAGCUGGUUUGUGACAGACACAGUGGAUGCAGAGGGAUUUGAGAUGCGGGAAACCAGUUGUGUGAAGAUCCAGAACCAGUUCUACUUCACCAACGUCAGCAGCUCCUUCAACACACUGCAGGACUGCGGCAACUGCUCCCGGUUGUUCCAUGCCAAACGGAUUAACAACACCAACCUGCUGUUCGUGGUGGCUGAAAUCUUGUCCUGCUCCUCCUGUGACAUCGAGAGGUUCAUCAAAGAGGAGAUUAAAUACAAAGACGAUAACCCAUGUGAUGUGCUUGCUACUGCACGGUAUCGAAAAGGCCCCCCGAAAUGCUUUGACUACAACACGGCAGAGAACUCGUCCGACUGCGGUCGAGGCCACUCCUUCGGGCCCUCGAUAGGCACCCUCGUCUCCCUGCAAAUCAUCCUCCUCUCUAUAUGGGCCACUCCUCAGCUCUUUGUUCUUCCUCUCUAACUCUCUUCUUCUCUGUUCUCCACCUCCCUCCUUCCUUUCCUGCCUUUUCGCCUAAUCUCCCUCUUC